AUGAUAGGGUCUAUAUGUGGAAUAAUUCUUGAAAAAGGGAGCUUAAUGCUGAUUGAUUUCCCCACUGACAUACUCUUUGAUGUCAAUGCUAUAAUUGCUCAUGUUUUAUUUGCUGUUCUUUAUAAUGAAGUAACGUACACAUCAUCUUAUGGAAGUCUUCAGAAUAUUGAAAAUUCUGCAAAAGGGAAGAAUAAUGUCAUUUUUGUUUAUGUCAGAGCAAUAGGAAUUCCAGAACACAGAGCUGUAAUGGAAACUGCCUUUGUGUAUGGUGCAAAAUAUCAGUUUGUCCUAACUACAGAAGAUUCCAUGUUAAAAGACAUCGGUGCUGAAGAUUCUUCUAAUCUGCAAGGAAGACUUUGGGUUUGCCAUUGUAAAAUGGUUACUGUAAGCUCGCAGCCAUGUAGACGUUCUGAACUUGGUCAGCCUUUGACUACUGUAAAUAUUCAUAUGUAUUUGAAACUGAUGGAGGACCCACUGGUGAUUGAAGCUUCUACAGAGCCUGAAAAGAUUUCCAGUGUUUAUCUUCAGCUGCAGCUGCCCUUAGUUCUGGUUAUUACUCAAAAGGAGACAUAUGCUCUUGAUAAGGCAAAUGCAGAAGAAAUUGCCUGGAGACUGCUUGGAAGUGCAGGAGUUGCAUUGUUGUCACGGGACCGUCCAGGUGGUGUGAAUAUUCCUGCCACAGCUAAUGUGGGCAUUAGGACUGCUAAAGAGGGUAUACCCAUUAAAUAUUUUACUGCACAAGACUUUGAAGACAUUAUAGCACUUGCUAAGAAUAAGCUAGAUCUGGAACAAAACCGUGAAUACCUUGAGGUGGACGAAGACAGUACUGAAGAUUUUGACCUAGAUUUUCAAGAUGAUGAGGUUGCUGAAGCUGUACACCGAGACAGAAAGAGAGAAUUUGGUUUGGAGCUGGUGGAGUCAUUAACCGAUGAAUCAUUUGCUGCUUCUGUCAUAGAAAAGAAGCAUGUGGUGGUGCUCUUUUACACAAGCUAUGAUGCGGUUGAGAUAUUUACAGAUCAUCCAGUUGAAGAAGACACAGCUAUCUCUAAUUGGAUUAUACUAAAGGAAGCUACUAGGCCCAUGGUUAACGGUUCCUUUGUUACAGCACGCAGCAGCUGUUUCUGUAUACUUUUGUACCACAUUUUCAGCACAUCUGUAAUAACACUCCUAAAAAUCAACAACAGGAAAACUAUAUUGUUAACAAUUUAUAUGCCACCAGGAAGAAACUUGGGGAUUCUGAUAGCACGUGUUGAUUGUGGAAAGUGGACAGAUGUUUGCACCAAGCAAAACAUAACACAGUAUCCAGUUGUCAAACUCUAUCUUCCUCAAGAAGAUCCAUUGCUUUAUACUGGGAUGUUGGGUUCAGAUGCUCUAAUAAAAUUCAUCAUGUUGAGCCUUAUUCCUGUCCCAUUACAGCUGACUACAUUAGAAGAAGCUAAAGCAUUUAUAAGCUUAGAUCGCCAACGGAACAUGACUUUGUACUCCAGUGCCUCUGUUCUUGGCUUGUUUACCUCUAAAAUGAGUGAAGCAAGACAUGCCUUUUUGAAUGCAAGCAAGAUGCUAAAAGGUUAUGUGAUAACAGGAAUAUUUUCCGAACAAGAUGCCUCACAUUUGUCUGAGAUGUAUGCUGUCUCUCUGCCAGCACUGAUUGUCAUCAGGCAUUGGGAUUAUAGCACAGAAGUAGUUCCAGUAACAAAACAUGGCAUUGAGGACAUGACACUGACUAUCAGCAGUUUGGUGCUUGAGCCAUUUCCUGAAAUUACUGUGGAAAAUUUUCCAACAUACUUCCAACUUGGCAAACCUCUACUUAUGCUUUUCUUCGAUGAUGACAGAGGUUUAAUUGACAGAGGGGAACUUGCAGAAUUGGUGAAGAACAAGGCUUUGCUAGAGUACACUGCCUGUUGGCUUGACCUCCGGAGUACUCCAGUAGGCAGAGUCAUCUUGAAGAAUUAUUUUCAUUCCAUACCACGUUUACCUAUACUAGUUUUAAUAAAUAUUCACUCUGGAGGAGAGAUAUUUGCAUUUCCUUUGGAAAAAUCUGUCACUUCAAAGGCCAUCCUAGAUUGGCUAAAGGAAGUAAAAGAAGGAAAAGAUGCGCCAAUAACUACUUUGCCCUCUGAAGCAUGGAAACCGCCUCUGCCUGCUUAUGACUUUUUAAGCAUGAUGGACGAAGCAGAUCCCACAUUUGCUGCUCAGCAAAUUCCUAACCAGCUCAGAAUGCAUAAGCAUCCAAAGGAAGAGAAAGAAGAUGGACCUGAACAUCGGCCUUUAAGAAAGAGUGUUAAGGAGAACAUUGAUGAAGACACAGAAGAGCCUUAUGUAAUGAAAAGUGAUUUAAAAGGCAUAGAUUGUAGGUUGGCAAGCAGAGCGAAACAUCGUAAAAGCCAUAUGGAAUUAUGAUUUAUGCUUUACAAACGUUCGUAUAACAGGUUCAGAGCAAUUCCUGUAAAACACCUUGCUGGUCCUACAAAUUGUUAGUGACAUUCUACAGAGAUCCCUGUCUCACUAAUAAAGCCAAGUACUACUUGGUAUAUAUUUAUUUUGUUGUUAUUGAACAGUUGUUAAUAAUAUUGAGUGAAAGCCACUAUAUGGUAUAGCAUUACAGCUGAGUCACUAUAACUUUUUUAAUGACAGUCGUAUGUCAUACAUGUGCCAGACACAUGCAAAAACUGGAUUGCCACAGUGAUACCUUACUGAAAGGAUACAAGGCCUACCCAACAUGUGCUACAUGGACCUACUCAAAGUUGUUAUUACUCUACUCUGUGUACUACAGACUGCUAAGAGGUGACCUGUGGCUGAUAUACAAGGCAUCCUCUUACUCAUUGCUCAUCGAUUUACUACACAUUAGCAAGUCAUAUGGCAUUGGAAGUACUUGGUCUAGGGAUCUAAACCUCUUUUACAUCAACAGAAUGGUUUGGAGGGACAGGCAUGUUCUGCAGAAGAUAACACUAUUGUGGAACAGACUCCCCAGCCAAAUAAAACAAAGUUCAUCCCUGACCAUUUUCAAGUGCAACUUAAAUCUGUGGAUGGAAAACAACAUUUACCCCAGGACUGCCCCUUGUACUACUAAUGAACAGAGGCAGCUGCUAAAUGCUUUAUCCCAUGCAUGGGUCUCCUCAAAUUAUCAAUGGUAUUAUCCCAUUUAUUCUUGUUAGGGGUGAUAUAUGAUUAUUGAGCUUGGAAUAUGUAAGGCGAAUAUAUAACCAAAUUGGAUAGGUUAUGUUGAGCACAAAAAACAAAACUGGUUAGGCUUAAAAUGGUGGCAAGGGCAGCUAGCCUAGUACUUACUUAUGGACCUAUAUGCAGUGAUAAAUCCUUGUAAUCUAAAUUGUCCAUAUUUCUCUUGUUAAAUUACCAUGUGUUGGUCACAAGUGUCUUCUGAAAAAAUUACUUCUCAUUUGACCAAUUAGGACCAAUGUCCUGGAUUAGUAAGCCUGAUGGAUAUCCUGGUACCCCGAUUAUGUACAAGAAGGAAACCUAAGUUAAGUGGGAGAUUGUUACCCAGUGAGACAGAGAACUUCUUGGGGUGAGGUCAACAAAGAUUGACUGCGCCCUGAAAGUUUAGUACUAAAAUCGUUGGGAUCUCUUUAGUAUUGAAGAACAAGAAAUGGGUCACGUGGCCACAAUUGAUCACGUGACCACAAAGCAGAAGUUUAAUUUAGCCAACCCUUUGCUCAUUUAGAACAUUAACUGCCAGCAACCUGACUAUGAUUAAACAAAAAAGGGAAGUCAGCACUGUGCUUCCAACACUAGCUUAAUAUGAACAGUGCACAAAUUACCCAGUGAUCAGCUGUGAUGCCAUAUUCUGCACUUAAGUACUUAAGUUAAGGUGUCAGAUAUAGGCCAUGGCAUUAAUCAGUGCUGCAUACUGCUAUGUUCCCCAGAAUAGACAUACUUGUAGCAAGUCGAUCGUACCCAACCUAAAUAAAAAGUCUUGAUGCCGUAAAGCUUAGUAUCAGAAGUUUCACAUUGAAGGGAUUGUGAAGAUGACUGAAAGUCAUGUGAUAGCAGCUAUCGUUUAUUGUUUUUGUAGUAUGUGAAUUUAUGUUUUCUUGUUACCUAAGCAUUUUAUUUAGGUAAUAAACAUGUAAACAUUGUUUAAGAAAAAAACUCAAACUUUUGUAACACAUCUAGUCAAAGUUUAUCAAAAAAGUAAACACUGCUCUAAUAGAGUGAAUGCCAGUCCUCUUUCUUCAGAAGGGUUAAAAAAGGUGUCAGUAUGUGUGAAUGUCUUCAUUGGUCAAGCCUUCCGUAAAUGGAACACUUUUUUCAGUUGCAACUGGAUCUAAGGAAGGGAAAUCCCGAAAGCACUUAUCCAUCCUGAAAGGGGCACCUUUUUGUGUCUUUAUGCAUUUUUCCACAAGGAUUUUGGUACAGACAUUUGCUUUUUAUCGAGGGUUCAUUUUAAUAAAGGAUUUUAAGAGUCUUUUCUAUGUC